UGACGUCACUUCCCAAUAACGCGGGAACAUGCUAACAGCGGCUAACCCGCAGAGAGCCGCGGACAGAGGACCAUCCGGGGCCGGGAACCAGCUGUCAGGACACGGUCCAGACCGCCUGAAGUCUCCGUCCACCCCGCAGUAUGUAGCGUGGUCUCCUGCUCUCUCUCUGGUAUGCAUCCUAACCCCCAGGUCCCUCUCUCUCGGCCUUAAGCCGGACUUCACGUCGGGGUUUGUGUGUGUUUUGUUUUGUAUUCGGUUGGGAGGAUGAAGCUGCAGUGUGAUGUCGAGGUGGUGAACCGGAUGCUGCCCUCGUUUGGGAUGAAAAGUCGAGGGAAGGGGAGCAGAGCGGUGCUGUCCAUCGGGAAGCAGCUGGACAAGACGAGUCAACGCAGCAACAUCUACAUGAUGAUCUGCACAGCCAAAGACAGAGCAGGCUCCAAGUACAAGCUCAAAGACAACAUAGAGAAGUUCUUUACUUGGUUUGUGGAGGAAGGAAAGGCCACUGUGAGACUAAAGGAGCCUGCUGUUGACAUUUGUAUGAGCAAGGCUGAUGCAAAUAGCUUAAAGAACUUCCUCUCAGCCGCUCGUCUGGCGGACAGAGGAAGCGACGCGAGUAGCCUUCCUCUCUCCACGCUCACUCCUGUACGCGCCAGAGACGUAGAGCAACCCAAGAAGAAGCUCACCAUCGUCUCCAAGAAGGACUACCCCCUCACCUCCAACUUCCCCUACUCUCUGGAGCAGCUGCAAGUCUCCUACUGCAAACUGUCACGGGUGGACAUGCGGAUGCUGUCUCUUAAAGCUCUCCGCAAGCUAGACCUCAGCAACAACCACAUCAAGAAACUCCCCGCCACCAUCGGUGACCUCAGCUGCCUCUCCGAGCUCAUCCUCCACAACAACCACCUGGAAGCCUUCAGCGAGGCCCUCUGCCUGUCCACCCUGCAGCGGACCCUCCAGCUCCUGGACCUCAGCCAGAAUCGACUGCAGACCCUCCCCGCUCAGUUCUGCCAGCUCAAAGAACUGGUGAACCUCAAGCUGGACGACAACGAGCUCGUCUGUUUGCCGUUCCACGUGGGCCGGCACUCCAAGCUGAGGUUCCUGUCGGCGGCGCACAACCAGCUCACUAUGUUGCCCUCUGACUUCCGGAAGCUCAGUCUGGAGAACCUGGACCUGUUUGGGAAUCCGUUUGUCCAACCUAACCCUUUUGACCACACAAUGAAUCUUACAUUCCCACUUCCACUUCAAGAGCUGGCUUCCAGAGCUGUGUCCAACCUCAGGUUACCAUACGGACCUCACCUCAUCCCUGCCCACUUGUGUCGGGACCUUGAAGUAGGCAAGAUGUGCGACUGCGGCCGGGUCUGCAUCAAUUUCUACAUCAAGACGGCGGUCAGCAUGAACCUGCACCAGGUCUCUCACACAGUGGUCCUGGUGGACGACAUGGGGGGCACAGAGGCUCCGGUGCAGCAGCACUUCUGCUCCCUCUCUUGCUACUCCGAGUUUUUAGACAACUCGCUCCAGAGAGGAAUCAGAUGAGGAACAACAAACUCUUUCGUUUGCCAGGAAACACACCGACUGCUGGAAAUUGCUGUGGAUUUUGCAACGGUUUGCAAGUUAAGAUAAACUGUUGGAGGAUACAGUUUUCCGGUAAUGCCUUUAAAUGAAAAGGAGAAUAUUGACUCUUUUAGGUUUUUUUUAAAAGUGCUUGAAUCAGCCUGUUUUACACUUACAGUCAACUCAUAAUGCACUUCCUUACAUACCUGCUCCAUCUGUUACUGAAUAGCACUGACUCUAUGUAAUGACAGCAGGAAGCCACACUGACACAACAUGACAGUUUGCCAUUGCUGCUGGUAAAUGUCAUACAUCGUCUUUUCUGUUCUUCCUGCCUCUCAGAGCAAACUGCAGGCUCCCCUACUGACCUACUUCUACAAGGCAGGGGAAUAAAUCAAAUUAGAUUAAUUGAGAGUUUCUUCCUGAACACAGUGCCUCUGGGUCCGUGAGCAUUGGCCAAAGGGAGUUGUUUUUUACAGUGCUGAUGACCCACAAUUUUUAUAUUCAUGUGAAAAAUAAAAUAAAAGUAUUCA